AUGGAAUCUGUUCUAAGCCAAGUUGGUGUAGUAUUUUGCCAAAAGCCACGUUUUGGUGAGACCAAAAAUGGAUUCUUAGGCACCAAUUUCAACAACACUUGUUCCUUUGGUAGGAGAGUUAGGAGUGUGGUGGUGGUGAAAGCGGAAGCUGGUGGUGUGAGUAGUAUAAAUCCAGAUGUGAGGAAGAAUGAAGAAAAAGUUGUUGAUUCUGUUGUGCUUAAUGAAGUCUCUAAGCCUGUUACCGCUUAUUGCAGAUGUUGGAGAUCAGGAACUUUUCCUCUAUGUGAUGGAAGCCAUGUAAAGCACAACAAAGCAACUGGAGAUAAUGUUGGGCCUCUUCUUCUGAAAAAAUAA